AUGGGUUUCAUAAUGGAAUUUGCAGAGAAUUUGGUGCUAAGGUUAAUGGAGGAUCCAGAGGUGAGAGACAGGAAAGCGAGGGAGCACAUAUAUGAGAUGCAUGAGAGGUGCAAGAAGAUUAAGGAGAUGUGGGCAUUACCUAUUCGUCCUUAUGGAUUCUGGACGUUCGAGCGACACAACGCUCAGCUUCGUUGGGAUCCUCAGAUCAGUCAGGUCGCUGGUCGAAGGGAUCCUUAUGAUGAUCUCCUUGAAGACAACACUUCUUCAUCUUCAAACUAA